UCAACUUUAAGUAACAAUAUGUCAUUGAGUCCUCCCAGAGAGAGAAACAACAAUGGGAAUGCCCAAGCGAGGACGUUCCAGCUCUACUAUUGCUUCCAGUGCAACCGCACGGUCCGCGCCGCACCCGAUAACAACAACCCCACCCAAAUCACGUGCCCGCGCUGCUUCGGCCAAUUCAUCUGCGAAAUCAACAUGCCGCGUCCAAGGCUCGUCGUGGACUUCACCACACCGGACCCCUCCCCAGAAGCGCGUUUGCUCGAAGCACUUUCCCUCAUGAUGGACCCUCCCAUCCGCCGCUUCCCCGGUUUAAUCCAACCCCAACCCGAAGAGCUCCCCGUCUACCACCGCCACCGCCGCCCUCGUCGCCGCCACCCCGAACCCGAACCCGAACCCCAACACCGCCCCCGCACCUGGAUCGUUUUCCAGCCCAUGGACCCAUCCAACCCCUUCGAGCCCAUUAACAUCCCAAACCGACGCGGCCCAGGCCCAAUCCACGGCCCGGGCCCAAUCCCGCGCGGACUGGACGCGCGAGAUUAUUUCUUCGGGCCAGGGCUUAACGAACUCAUCGAACAGAUAACAGAAAACGACCGGCAGGGUCCGGCGCCGGCGCCGGAACGGGCUAUCGAGGCUAUUCCGACGGUGAAAAUCGAGAGCGCGCAUCUGAAGGAGAAUUCUCAGUGUCCUGUUUGUCAGGAGGAGUUCGAAGUGGGUGGAGAAGCGAGGGAGCUUCAGUGCAAGCACAUAUAUCACUCCGAUUGCAUUGUUCCGUGGCUGAGGCUGCACAAUUCUUGCCCCGUGUGCCGGCACGAGGUUCCGGUGCCGUCGUCGUCGUCGUCGUCGUCGGAGGGUGAUGAAUGCGUUGGUGACGGCGGAGAAGGUAGGUUGCAGAGGUGCUUGAGGUGGACUCGUCGUUUUACUUCGCUUUGGCCAUUCAAUGCAAGGUAUCGUCGACGGGUUCACCCUCAAGGAAAUAAUACUACUGUUGCUGCUUCUUCUUCAAGGGGAUAUUCUCCAUCUAACAGUCCCACAUUAUUCUCUAGAGCAGCUAAUCGGAGGCAGCCCUCUUGUUGCAUUCUUUAAGCUCUCAAAUGGUUUACAUCUGAGGCUCGUCAACUGGUUAGGAUUGUAACUUGCAUGUAAAGGCAGUAGAUUAAGAUGUCACGAUCACGAGGCUGUCAUUGGCUUGCGAUUCAAAAAUUAAUGGCCUUCAAGUUUCAAUCACGUUAAAAAUUGAAUUCAUCACCAGAUUCUACGAAGUUCGAGAUCUGUAUAAUACUGCCACUUGUCGUCCUACCCUUGUAUUUCACUCCAUAGAUAAACACAUGUAUAAUUUAGAAAGGUUGAGGAUACAUGUUACCACAAAAAGAUCCCAUGUCAAAUUGCCAUAUUUGUUGGUUACCAUGUUAUAUCAAUGGGUACGCUGUAAAUAUUAAUUUGUUAUUUGCAAUGACAAUUACCACAUGUUAUCACAACAUGGGCACACUUUUUUUUUUGCUUUUUUCAGUACAAGUACACUUGUUAUGUUAUUUGUAAAUCAUAUAUAUUAAUAAUUA